AGCAUUUUUCGUAACUUUAAUGUAAUAAUUUUUUACAACUUGUAAAAGGUGUUGUCAAAUAACCAUACUUGUCUUAGAUAAUGAAAGAAAAUUAGAAAGCGAAACGCAGAGCUCUUCUCCCAAACGAAAAGUUGAGUUGAACAUCCUUCUGCGUGCCCUAGAAUUUCCUCUUCUUCCUUCACCAUCAACCAAUCGCCAGCUUUUUCUUCUCUUCCAGAUCACAUCUGGCAUUAAUAGUAAGCAAGCAUGACGACUGCAGCUCGACCAACGUGGGCUCCUGCUAAAGGUGGUAAUGAACAAGGUGGUACUCGCAUUUUUGGCCCAUCUCAGAAAUAUUCAUCGAGAGAUCUAGCUGCUCAUACCACUUUAAAAUCCAGGAAAGAAGGGCAGGACACCCAAGAUGAAUUGCAGAAGAGGAACCUUCAGGAGGAGCUUGAAGAACGUGAGCGAAGACAUUUUUCAUCAAAGGAUAAGAAUUAUAAUGAUGACAGAGAUCGAAGGAGGGGAAGCCAUCUCCUGUUAGAAGGGUCAAAGAGGGACAUUGAAGACCGCAUAAUACCACGUAGCGUAGAUGCUGAUGACUCCGAUGUUGAAGUCAAAAGUGAUGAGGACAGUGAUGAUGACGACGACGAAGAGUCUGAUACAGAAGCCCUCAUGGCUGAGCUUGAACAAAUCAAGAAAGAAAGAGCUGAGGAGAAAAUGAGGAAGGAACGAGAACAAUGGGAAGAGGAUCUUAAAGUCAAGGAAGCGGAGCUUCUGAAAGGAAAUCCACUGCUCAAUAAUCCAACUUCUUUCAACGUGAAAAGAAGAUGGGACGACGAUGUGGUAUUUAAAAACCAAGCCCGAGGUGAAACUAAGACCCCAAAGCGUUUCAUCAACGAUACCAUUAGGAAUGACUUCCACCGAAAGUUCCUUCAUAAAUACAUGAAGUGAGAACACAGAUUAGUUGUAUUUGAAGUUUUAAAAUUGAAGAAACUGAGUGUUAUAAAAUUCUAGAUGAAACACAAACUGGGUUGCCAAAUAUUCAGUUGAAUCUAAGUAGUGAAUGUCAUUUUCUUUCUGUAUUAGUUGGCAAACGUUGUAUUGAAUUAUAUAACAUUGUAAUGGUGAAUGUCAUUUCCUGUAUAAAUUGUUUUGGCCUUUAAA